CGAUUGUCCUGUGACCUGACGUAUGUCAACGCCAUAUCCGCUUCCGUCUUUUUUGACAGAUCCGUGUCGUGUGGAGAAGUAAGCUUCUAUUAGUUUCAAUUUUUUCAUAAAUUCGAGUGUCUUGUUGAGUUUCUAAGAUAUAUCUGGGGUAAUUCACGUGAUAAACGAUAUCACCGACCACUUACGAUUCUUCCAGAUUAAUCUUCAUACUUGGAGUGUGCAAAUAUACAAACAUGCAGCUGUGUUUCAGAGGAAACUCUACGCAUUACUUGGAGUGCCAAGGCACUGAAACCGUAGGGGAGAUCAAACAAAAGAUCGCAUCCCUGGAAGGUUUGAAUGCUUCAGAAGUCAGCUUAUAUGCGGCUGGUGUACCUGUAGCUGACUCUAGCCUAGUGUCGGAGUUUGAAACUACCGACAUUGAGCUCACGGUUGGUCUUCUUGGAGGAAAGGUCCAUGGAUCUCUUGCUAGAGCUGGUAAAGUAAAAGGACAGACUCCCAAGGUUGAGAAACAAGAAAAGAAAAAGAAGAAGACAGGCAGGGCCAAGAGACGUAUCCAGUAUAACAGAAGAUUUGUGAAUGUAGUAGCAUCCUUUGGCAGGAGGAGAGGACCAAACUCCAACUCUGCCCCAUCUUCUUAAACUUAUGACAUGUUCAACUUUUGUUAAAUAAAUAUAAACUAACAUCCAUGUUGGUUCAUCUUA